UUUACCUUUAUGCUUCAUCAUCUUCUUCAACAUGGUAUCUAGAGCUAAAUAGUCUUCCGCUGAUCUUACUUCUUCUUCAAUGGCGCCUGGUACGCCUGCCAAAAAUCCUCCUUAUGACGAUCCGUCCAAUCCUUAUUUUCUUCCGAACAGCGAUAGCCCCGGAGUCCAACUGGUUACUCAGCAGCUGAACGGAGCAAAUUAUACAAGCUGGAAUCGUUCAAUGAUCACGGCACUUAUUGCCAAAAAUAAGCUCGCCUUCGUCGAUGGCUCGCUUCCUCGCCCACACCACUCAGAUCUGCUUUUCACUCAAUGGAUGCGGUGUAACAGCAUGGUGGUUUCAUGGCUCCGCAAUUCGGUUAAUCCUGAAAUCAGCUCAAGCAUCAUCUACAUCGAUGAUGCAGCUCACAUAUGGAAUGAUCUCAAGGAUCGAUUCUCACAAGGUAACUUAGCCAGAAUUUGUCAGCUCAAACAACAACUCUUCACUCUUAAGCAAGGUUCUGAUGAUGUUGGUGCUUAUUUUACCAAACUACGUGUGCUCUGGGAUGAAUAUCGUGAUUAUCAACCUGUACGUUGGUGUAUUUGUGACAAUUGUCGCUGCAACAGUUCUCGAAAAUGGAAUGAGUUUCAAAUGCAAGAGUGCUCGAUGCAAUUUCUAAUAGGUCUUAAUGCAUCCUACUCUCAGAUCCGAUCUCAAAUUAUAUCUACUACGCCUUUUCCGUCACUAUCUAAGAUUUUUGCCUUGGUGUUGCAAGAGGAAAGGCAACGAUCUAUAGAUUUCACUCCAACUCCUUUGACUUCUGGAAAUGGAGAUAUCUCUGGUUCCUUGAUAAAUGCUGCCGGUUAUGCUAGAGGUAAACCAGGCAGGGGAAAGUUCUUGUGCACCAAUUGUGGAAAAACGAAUCAUACGGUGGAUAAGUGUUUUGAGAUCAUUGGUUAUCCUCCAGGAUAUGGUAGAGGUAGAGGAAAAUCACAAGGUUUUACUCAUGAUUCUAAUUCUAGAUCUGUGAAUCAAACAAGUGCAGGUGAAAAUGCAACUGGACAGAAUGGAAUUGGCUCUAUUUCAUCAUCUGAUAUGGCUCAGCUAGUUGCCUAUCUCAAGUCUCAGCUGCAGGGGUCUUCUGUAUCUGCAUCGGUUCCAGUAUGUGGACAAGAGACAGGAGAUAACUCUGCUGCUGCACAGACCUCUCCUCCAUUCAGUGGGAGCUUCACCGGGGACUGUGAUUGGGAAGGGUAGCCGCAUUGGAAACCUCUAUGUUUUAGAAGCAACUCCACUCAACCAAAUCAGCCAUUCUCCAGUCAAUAAGUUUCCAGCUGUGUCAGCUGUUAUUUCUGCCGACUUGUGGCAUUCUAGGCUAGGUCAUCUUUCUUCAAACAAACUUCAAAUGUUAGCAAGAGUUUUAUCUCUUUCCAAUUGUAAACAUUCUCUGUGUGAUAUUUGCCCUUUAGCAAAGCAAAAGAAAUUAUCCUUUCCUAA